AUGGCGCUUUCUGAUUUCUACGCCAUUAACAGUCAUUACAAGACAAGACUCUCUCUCUCCUUCAAAAACUCACACGGAGAGCCUCUCCUUGCUCUCGCUUCUGCUGUAGAUCUGCUGCAAACUGUCGGAGUGGAAGCGAUUAUUGGAGGGAAUUCGUUGCUGGAAGCGAAGCUUUUGGCGGAAGUUGGGGAGAAAGCUAAAGUUCCUGUGAUCUCACUUAACUCUCCCAUUUCGUCAUCAUUGAGCAAAUACAGUCACUUGAUCCAAGCCACGCAUGAUUCUGCCUCCGAGGCUAAGGGAAUCGCAACUUUUCUUCACGGGUUUGACUGGAACACUGUUGCUCUUGUUUAUGAAGAUGACGAUGACUGGAGAGAUACUAUGCAACUCUUCACAAACCAUUUCCAUGAAAAUGGAGUUGGUAUACUAUCUAAGGUCGGUUUUACUGUCUCUUCGAGCAAGAGUUUUAUGAUGGAUCAGCUACGGAAGUUGAAGGACUUGGGAGCUACUGUCUUCCUCGUGCACUUGUCUCAACGUAUUGCAACUCAGCUCUUCCCAUGUGCUGGGAAGUUAGGGAUGAUGGGAGAAGGGUUUGCUUGGAUCCUCACUGUCAAAAGCAUGAACAGUUUCCACGAGAACACUGACGAUUUUGCAAAGGAGGCAAUGGAAGGUGUGGUUGGUUUCAAGUCUUACAUUCCAAUGUCAAAAGAGCUUCACAAUUUCACUUUGAGAUGGAGAAAAUCACUGCCUUUUGAAGAAAAUGUUGGAUCGGAGACAACUCGGCUAAGCAUCUCUGGGGUAUGGGCUCACGAUAUCGCUUGGGCUCUGGCCAGAGCAGUGGAAGUAUCUGCAAGGAUGAUGCCAAAUGUUUCAUCAACUCUCCUUGAGGCAAUCAGAGAGAGUAGGUUUAAGGGCUUGAGUGGUGACUUCCAGUUGGAUGAUAAGAAGUUGUUGUCACACAAGUUUGAGAUUGUGAAUAUGAUAGGAUCAGGUGACAGAAGGGUAGGAUUUUGGAAUUCUAAUGGUAGUUUCAGCAAUAGAAGACACCUAUCUUCUACUCAUAACAAGCUGGAGACCAUCAUUUGGCCUGGUGGAUCAACUCAAAGUCCCAAAGGAGAAAAAAGCAAGAGAAAAAAGCUGAGGGUUUUGGUUACAUCGAGCAACCGAUUUCCAAGAUUGAUGAAGGUAUGGACUAAUCCAGUAACAAAUGAUACCAUUAUUGAAGGGUUCUGUAUAGAAGUCUUUCUUGCUUCCAUUGCACCUUUCAACUAUGAAGUGGAGUACAUACCUUGGCGCAAUGGGAGUAACUACGACAAUCUUGCAUAUGCACUUUAUUCCCAGAAAGACAAAUAUGAUGCGGCAGUGGGAGAUAUUACAAUCACUCCCAAUAGAUCGAUGUAUGUUGAUUUUACGAUGCCAUUCACCGAAAUGGGUCUUGGAAUUGUAGCACCAAAAGAGAGAAGUAUGUGGGUGUUCUUCAGACCUCUAACACCAGACCUCUGGAUAACAAGUGCAGCUUUCUUUGUCUUGACGGGCAUUAUAGUUUGGCUGAUAGAAAGAUCUGAGAACACCGAGUUCCAGGGAUCUUGGUCACAACAGAUUGGAGUGAUGCUAUGGUUUGGCUUCUCUACGCUCGUUUAUGCUCACAGGGAGAGGCUAAAACACAACUUAUCAAGAUUUGUAGUUACAGUUUGGGUAUUUGCAGUGCUCAUAUUAACUGCAAGUUACACUGCAACAUUGACAUCAAUGAUGACUGUCCAACAGAUACGAUUCAACGCAAAUGAAGACUACGUGGGUCACCUUUCGGGCUCCCUCAUUGCAAAUGUGGCCCUCACCAGUUCUAGCCUACGAGUGAUGAGAUCAAAGGGUCUCAAUAGUUCUGAAGAUUAUGCACAAGCCUUGCUGAACAAAACUGUCUCAUUUGUUGUGGAUGAGAUGCCAUACCUCAAAGUCCUUCUUGGCGAGCAUCCUGCACAUUUUCUCAUGGUCAAGACACAAUGUACCACCAGUGGUUUCGGCUUUGUAUGUAUCCCUCGCCAUCAUCAAUAUCCUUACUUUUCAUCUUCUUCUUUUGACAUGCUGACGAAAACCAUGUUCCAGAUGUUCCAGAAGGGCCAUGAGUUGGUGCAGAACGUGUCCAGGGAAAUCUCCGAUUUAAGGAAGAUGGAGAAGCUAAAUGAGAUGGAGAAAAGAUGGUUUGAGAAGCAACUUCCAUACACAACCGAUGAUACGUCAAAUCCUAUAACCCUUUACAGGUUCCGCGGCUUGUUUAUCAUCACUGGAGUUUCUUUCGCAUUCGCUAUUGCAGUGCUGGUCAUUCUCUGCCUCCGAGACACAUGGGAAGCUGUUAUGAAUUCAGUCAAAAUAUUCCUCUUGCAAAGACUCAGACAUUUCAGGAUCCUCUUCGCAAGAACUAUCCAUCCCAAUCCCCUCGAUGACGCCAUUGGCGAGAAUGCAGUACGUUCAAAUGGCUCAACGUAA